GCAUACGCUGCUUUUGGAUCGGCUUGCGCGCGCACGCUACGGGCCGCGCAGCACUUGGAGAACUGUGGGACGUCAACGUUUUGCUAUCUCUUCCGCACGAGACCGUUGGUUUUGCUGCAAAUAGCGCGAGCGCACGCAUUGCAUCUCACACUGUAGCCUGCAUCUAUUCGUCGCAGCAGUCAAGGGCUCGCACCAUGAUGCGCCGCCGCGCGACGCUCCUCCUCCAGGCCGGCGUCCUGCAAGCGCUCGUGAUGCCCCGACAACCACCCAUCAAAACAGCAUUGCGAGCCGCCCCGGACAUGGAGGACCUCACGCGACGAGUGUUUUGUAGCCGAGAACUAAACAUGGCGAACAUCGAGGCCGUGGGCUUCGACAUGGAUUAUACGUUAGCGCAGUACAACGAGGCCUUCGACAUGCUGGCGUUCGAAGGCGCAAAAGAUAAGUUAAUCGACAUGGGCUACCCCAGCGAAGAGAUACAAAAAUUCAAGUUCGACCCCCUGCAGCACACGCGUGGGUUGGUCAUAGAUAAGCGACGCGGAAACAUCCUGAAGAUGGAUAGACAUAAAUAUGUACGAAGGGCCUACCACGGGACGAGGGAGCUAUCUAGAGCAGAAAGAAAAGCCCAAUAUAUCUUAGAUGCGGGCGCGACGCCGACGUUCGUCGGCAACGAUUAUGUGAACGUCGACAGUCUCUUCCAGUUGGUCGACGCGUCGCUAUUCGCGCAGCUCGUAGAUGUAUUAGACGAGGGCGGGCCGUCGUAUGCCCAAGCGUUUCGGGACGUGAGGCAUGCGGUGGACUUGUGUCAUCAGGACGGCGUCAUCAAGGACCAGGUCGCGAUUGAACCAUCUAAAUACAUAAUACCAGAUGAUAACUUGGUACCCAUGUUGACACAAUAUCGAUUGGCAGGCAAGAAAGUGUUCCUACUCACCAACAGUUUAUUUGACUACACGAACGUGGUCAUGAACUUUCUAGUGGGGAAGGAUGUGAAUGAUAGGGCCUGGGUCGAUCUCUUCGACGUUGUUGUGGUCGGUGCCGGCAAGCCCGCCUUUCUGGGGGAUGGUCGACGGGACAUGCUGCGCGUCGACGCUGGCACGAACAUGGGCACGCUCCAUAAUUUUGUAGGGAAGCCCGUGUCGGAGGUCGGCGGCCCCGCCUUCCUGCAGCGCGAGGGAAAGAUCUUCCAGUCCGGUGCUGACUCGGCGUCCGUUUCCGACCGUUUCUGAACUUCAAGGUCGCGUCGAUGGCGUCGACGUGAUGCCACAUCGCCUCGACGCCGUCGAUGCGGCCGCACGAGAGUCUACGCGUCUCGCGAGAGCUGCGGCAGUUCCGCGACGGAAUCGUUCCACACAGGUACCUGGAAGGAGCUCCACGAGAUGCUCGAAGUCGGUUCCGGCUCGGAGGUGCUGUAUGUCGGCGACCACAUGUACGGCGACAUGAUCCGCUCCAAAAGAUCGCUGGGCUGGCGGACGACGCUGAUCGUGCCCGAGCUCGAGCCUGAACUCGUGCUGGACGCUCAGUUGGACUUGCCAUUACGUCAUGUGGUAGCAGAGAAGGAGAAAGAAUGCGAAGAAGCGGAGCUGGCCGUGCAAGAAUUGCGUUUAUCUUUAUUAUCGCAGGGUCUGGAUUUUCUUGAAUCUGACGAGAGAGAAGCAUUAGAAAAAGCACAGGAGGAGUCGCGAGAAGCUCUGAAGGAGGCGAGGGACGCCUUGCACCGGGCCUACCACCCCCACUGGGGCCCGCUCUUUAGAUCGGGCAACCAGGCGUCGAGGUUCGCGAAGCAGGUCGUGGACUACUCCUGCAUUUAUACCUCAAGAGCGUCGAAUUUGUUAGCGACGUCGCCCUCGCGGACCUUCCGGCCGCCUUCCGACUUCAUGCCGCACGACGAUGAUGAGCGGCCGCCCAUGUAAAUACUAAGUCUUAUGGUAGUCACUCUUGCCCCCCGUCUUUUCGAUGAGUCGCAGGUCCUCCACUCUUAUGGAGUGACUGAGGGCCUUGGUCAUGUCGUAGACGGCUAAUGCCGCGAUUGAAGCUCCAGACAGAGCCUCCAUCUCGACCCCAGUUCUGUGAGUUGUGGUGACCGCACAAGUCACCUCCAACGCAAGCUCCUGCUCCUCGAAGGACACGUCGCACGCGUCGAGCGCGACGGGAUGGCAAAACGGUAUGAGUGAAGAAGUUCUCUUCGCCCCUUGGACGCCGGCGACGACGGCCGUCGCCAGGACCGGGCCCUUCUUUCCAGCGAAGCCGCUCGCGGUUAACGUGUCCCAGGCAUCCCGCGGGAAGACGACGCGGCACCUUGCAAUAGCUUUGCGCGUCGUCGUCGUUUUGUUCGACACGUCGACCAUGCGCGGCAGGCCUUUGGUCGCGUCGACGUGGGAGAGCGUCUUCGACGACAAAGCGCGGUGGCUUGCGCGCCGCGCAACAAUGGUACAGCAGCGCUGCAUCGUGUGUGCAGGGUGUCAAAGCGAUCCGAAACGCCGCUGGAGCGUCGUCUGCGAUCUGUAUUUGACUUUUACGUGCGUUUGACGAUCUGUGUUAUGCCGCGGCGGGCGCACUAGUGCAGCUUGGCGGCUGCACCUCGGGCAGCUCUGCGCAGCGUCGAGUGAUGCCUCCGAGACGCGCAGCUCUCUGACACAAGACCGAUCUCCAACAGUCACAUAUGUUGGGGCAUUGGUCGAAAAGCGCGUUUGUUAUCCGGUAACGCGCCUCGCGCGCGCGUUUC